CCAAGAGCUGGGCUGACAAAAGACAGACAGACAUGCCCUGACCUCUCCCCUGCUCCCCCUCCCUGGGGCCCCCACCCCCGGAGACAGGAGGGGUGUAGACAGCCCAGCACCCAGUGGGCAGAGCCAGUGGUUGCAGUGAGGGGACACAGGGUGGAGGGAGUAAGAGCAGGAGGGAGCGACAGGAAGUGAGAGUCCCCCCACACACACCCACACAGGACCCGGGGACAGGCCAGCGCUUCCUGGGAGCAGAAGCCAUAGAAGCUUCCGGAAGACAGCAGCCCCCGCGGACCCACUCCAGUGCUUGUGGACAUGGAGACCCCCCAGGACUUCCGGAGCCUCCAAGCCAAGUUUCAGGCCUCUCAGGCAGACAGCAGCGAGCACCCCAAAAAACCCCCCAAGCCCGAGUUCAACAGAGUCCUCAAGAAGUUUCCAACUCCAGAACCAGCCAGCAAGCAGCCCAAGAAGCCCGAGCCCCCUGACGCUUCCAUGAAGCCCUCCAGGUCUGAGCCCAGUGACUUCUCCAAGAAGCCACCACAGCAGCCCGAGGCCGGGGAGCCUGCCAGGCUUCCCCCCAAGCCCCCACAGCCUGAGCUGGCCAGGGUCCCCCCAGAAUCCAAGCUGGGCAGCCCCUUCCCCAGAACGCCCCAGAGGCCUGAGCCCACCGAGGCCUCCCCCAAGCCUCCAACGCCAGGGUUUAACAUAGGGGGGUUCCCCAAGAAGCCCCCUGUGCCUGACUUCUGUGCAGCCCCCCAAAAGACCUCACAGUCUCAGGCCAGGGGUCUCCCCAAGAGAUCUCUGCCGAGUGAGGUGCCCAGAACGCCCCCCUGGAAGGCCGAGCCGGCUGAGCCACAAGCCCACUCUCUGAAGCCUGAUCUUGGCGUGAUCCCCAAAAAGCCCCUGCAGCCCCCCGAAAUUACUGCCAGCCCCAGGAAGCCCCCCCAGCUGCAGGCCAGCGGCCCCUGCAAGAAACCCCCACCCCUGCAGAUGGCACCCCGGAAUUCUGAGUCUGGGGAGCCCCACCACUCACAACCUGAAGUUAGCACAGUUCCCAGGAGGCCUUCGCCGGGACUGUACCCCAGGAAGCCAGAGCUGGGGGACCUGACCAGGACGACCUCGGAGCCCGACGUCAACGUGACCCCCAAGAGACCACUGCAGCCAGAACCCCAGGCACCCCCCAAGAGGCUCCCCCAGUUCAACCUGAGCGGCCUUCCCAGGACAACAUCAGAGCCUGAGUUUGGGGUGCUUCCCAGGAAGCUCUCGCAGCUGGGGAGCCGGGGGGAGCCCCGUAAGUUCUCACAGCCCGAGCCCCACGCCUGGCCCCGGACGCACCCCAACUUCUCCGGGGACCUCCCUCGGAAACCUCCACUCCCCAGCUCCGUCUCCGAGAGUUCGCUACCUCGCGCCUUGCUGGGGGGCCCUAGCCCAGGGCGGCAGAGGAUGGGGGGGCUUGGUCAUGGUGGGGCCAGGCCGGCCCUCCAAGGGGGCCCCCGUCGGAGGCCACUGCCCCCCACCAGUAGCCUGGGCCCCCCACCGGCCAAGCCGCCGCUGCCACCAGGGCUCAUGAACAUCCAGAGUUUCUGGAGACCCUCAGAGAUCACUUCAGACAUUCUGAGGACUGAGUCUUCUGCUGGGGUCCCCCGGUCCCCAGAUAAUAUCUAUGAGCCCUAUGAUGAUGUGGUGACCAGCGUCAGCCCCGGACCGAACGACAGAGAUGACGUGUCACCAGCCAAGAGGACCCUGCAAGAUCCCGAGCUCAGGAAGAAGACCCCCCCACCCCAGCAGCCCACACCUGCAGACCCCAAGACACAGAAGCAGCUCAGGAGAGCGGAGAAAGCCGAGCGGGAGUUCCGGAAGAAGUUCAAGUUUGAGGGAGAGAUCGUGAUUCAGACAAGGAUGAUGAUCGACCCUAACGCCAAGACCCGACGAGGAGGCGGCAAACACUUGGGCAUCCGGCGCGGGGAGAUCCUGGAAGUGAUCGAGUUCACCAACCCGGAGGAGAUGCUCUGUCGAGAUGCCAAGGGAAAGUACGGCUACGUGCCCAGGACAGCUCUGCUGCCCCUGGAGACGGAAGUGUAUGACGACGUGGGCUUCUGGGAUGCCGUGGAGAGUCAGCCACUGUCCCGGGGUCGCUGAGACGUCAAGGUGGCCCACCUACCACCUACCAGCCGGGCGGCAACAGGAGGGCCCAGGCAUCGAGGGUCCCAGGUUCGAUCCCCAGCACCACCGGAAGCCAGAGCUGAGCCGGGCUCUGGGAAAACAAAGAGUGAAUCCGUGAACCUGGACAAAUAAACAGAUGGUGAUUUUUAA